UUGGCUAAGAUCAAAGUGUAGUAUCUGUUCUUAUCAGCUUAAUAUCUGAUACGCCCCGCAUGCGGGGCCAGUAUAUUAAACUGAUUUUUGGAAAUUGAUGGAGAAUUAGGGGCUUGCUCCGCCUCCAUCGCGGGUUGGCCCGGUAUUGCAGUACCGCCGGGAUCGGCCCAUUUAAAGCAAUUAAACAUAUUCAAAUUUAUUCGGCAUCCCUGACUCGAAACCGCCCGCUUCGUCACCAUUGUACCGCUGAAUCGGGUUUGUGCGUGGUUCUGCGAGUGAUUGAUCCACCCGGCGAGGCUGAAGGCGUUUAGCGCCAUAAGACAAAAGGCGCUCGUGCUUCGAACCACCUGCAGAAAGCGUUUCGGUUGUACUUCUCUCCUAUUGAUGAUUAUGAUCUACGAUGGUCGCCCUGGUAGAACAAUAAUAAUGCGAGUAUAGGAAUGAGUUUGCUCCCCUCAGAAAAUUGGUACGGAGUGGGGACAACCGGUGGCUGCAAAUAUUUUUCGUGUCACACGUUGGCAGCAUUGCAUUUGUCAUUUUUUGUUUAUGUUCAUAGAAAGGGAAUCGGCUACAAACGUGAGCAGUGUUGAAGAAAUUGUCCGCAUAUGAAGAUAAAACGGAUAUUUUCGGAUAAUUCAUAGCAAAUUAAAAUGGCCAGUGCGAAAAUAAUAGAGCUCGACGAAACCAAUACAUGCAAGAUCUGUGAUAAUGCCUUAGCCAAAUAUUCAUGCCCAAAAUGCAAUGUUAUUUAUUGUUCAUUAACGUGUUAUCAAUCGCCGGCCCAUUUGCAAUGUAGCGAAGAGUUUUAUAAAGACAAUGUAAUGCGUGAAAUGAAUUUGAAUCCCGACAACGAAGAAUCGAAAGCCAAAAUGAUGGAGAUCCUUCAGCGAACUCACGAAGGUAAUGAAAUUACCGUUAACGCAUUUGAAGAUAGCGAUGGGUCCAUUUUUGACAUGGACGAUAUAGGAAAUUGUUCAAAGUUUGUUGACAUAGAAGAUUUGGAAGAAGAUUUAGACUCUGAUGACGACCAGUAUGUGGAUAUAGCAGAACGAUUGGCAGGAAUCGAUUUAGACGACGCCGAAACUGUUUGGGAUAGGCUUACAGAAGAUGAGAAACAGGAUUUUGUCGCGUUUUUAAAGACUGAAAAUGUUUCAAAGUUGAUCCCGUCUUGGGAACCUUGGUGGCUCUACUGCGAUUCUAGCAAAGUAACUGAGGUUAAUGCUGUAGAAGACUUCAAAAAUAAAUGCCCAGGUAUCGCAGACAUUAAGGCAUUUUCUAGUAUUACGUCAGCAACGCCAGCAGAGACUGUUAAACAUAACCUAACAAACGUUUUAUGCGCCUACGUUUUCACUGCGCGUUAUUUUAACGGCGAACAUUUCGAUUUUCCGAAAGAAGCAUCCACCUGCGUAACAACGGUAUCUUUGACUCUUAAAAAUGGGCAAAACUUUCACGAUUUUGAGACUGCAGUGAAAUCUGUUGAACAGGAAUGUAUAGGUUGCGAGUGGAUUAUGACGGACUCUGAAAAUUUGGAUCUGAUGCGGGAGGAUCUUAAGAAAAUCCUUGCGGGUCCAAAUUCAAUGGAAAAAAAGUUUUACAUUCUUUGUGCUUUAUCAGAUCUGCAAAAUUUGUUUCAAAACGCCCUCAGGCCUAGGCCCGAUGAAAACGGGCGAACUUCGGGUUUCAACAGGCAGUUCCCAAACAAUCAUUUCCCCAACGUACAACUAGAGUCCAAAAACAAACUUAAGAAUCACUUGAAAAAAGUCGACUACUUUCUGUCCUACUCGAAAGACUGUUUGGAGUUGUAAAAGCGAUGUGUGUAAUUUACGAUUAAAUACGAAAUAUUAUCUAAGAGCUUUGUAUUUUUGUUAUAUUUGUUUUCAUUAAAUUGCAAUUAAUUUCGAUUCUAACACAGUUGUAGCUUUUUUAGAAAUAACUUGAACCUUAUAGUGCCCUUAAACGGAUAAAAAUUCCUGAAGUUGCUUGGAGCUUUAUAACGAUUUUUUACAUAAUAGAA